AUGGCGUCUUCUUCAGCUGCCACUCCGCUCCUUUACUCCUGCAUCGCCCACAAGACCACAAUCCUAUCCGAAUGCACCAUCUCUGCCUCGUCACAGACCUCGUCGCUCGCUUCCCUCAUCCUCCCAAAGAUUGAGCACACAACCCCUCAGAAGUUGACAUACACGCACGGCCAGAACCAGAUCCACUAUGUCGCCGAGGCGCCAUCUGAGUAUCCCGAGCACCCGGCGGCCGGCGGCCUGACGUUUCUCGUCAUUGCAGACUCAUCGCUGGGCCGUCGCGUUCCAUUCGGCUACCUGCUAGAGAUUCGCAAGCGAUUUUUCGAGAAAUUCCCCGAGCACAGCGACUUUGCCGACAUGCCCAACUACGGCGCCGGGUCGUUCAACUCGGAGAUGAAGAGCCUGAUGGUGGAAUUUGGCACGACGAGCGGCGGCAUGAACGACGCGAUUGGUAAUGCGAAGCGCGAGAUUGACGAUGUUAGAGGCAUCAUGACGAAGAAUAUCGAGAGCUUGCUUGAGCGAGGCGAGCGGAUCGACCUGCUUGUCGACAAGACGGACAGACUGGGGAGCAGCGCUCGCGACUUCCGGGUCCGGAGCCGCGGGCUGAAGCGCCAGAUGUGGUGGAAGAAUGUCAAGCUCAUGGCACUCCUGAUCCUGGUUGUGGCUCUCAUCAUCAUGAUUAUUGUCAUUUCAAUCAAGGGCUAGACAUGGAGAUGAUGCUGCCAUGAUGUUAUUUUCUAUUGCGUUUGCUUUCUCUUCUGUCUUUUCUUCCUUGAUGGGAGCAGCGAAGCCUAGAUGCUGCAACAUGUAUUCAUAGUAGGGAUCUGAUGUUUUUUUGGGAGUCAAAGGGAGAAUGCACACCUCACGAGGAAUAAUUGGUUUUACUUGCGAACAACGGGACCUUGGGCUGAAAGUACUUUGAGUUAUAAUUAUAACGCGACGCUAUUUCUUUUCAACGUGCAAGCAGAUAUUACUUUGUAGUAGUAGUAUAGCCUUUUCAAGCCAGCAAAUGCACAUUUCAAUGUUGUU